UCAGCUGGCAACCAGUGUGUUGAUAAAAUGGCAUCCAUGAACAAGGGCAACGAAGCGAAGAGACAGGGAGGGAACAGGAAGCAGCUCCUGGAAGAGCUAAACGAGAAGCGUGAGUCCUACUGUCUGGUGGAAAGAAGCAACCAAGUCAGCCUGCUGAGAGUGCAGAAGAGGCACUUCAGCCAGGCUUACCAGGCCUUAGCUUGCAGGCAUGUCAAAGAAUCUGUUCCCGAAAGUACCAGGACCUCCUGGAUCCAACAGGAUCUCUAUGUGCACAAGGAGAAAAAGCACUUUCUGCCAAAAAAACACUAUGACCCAGGCAACUUACAGGAGAAGGAAGAGUUUGAAGUACAGGUCCAGAGGGUUAGCAGCCAUAACGGCAGGGUGGAGGCAGCAGGCCGACUUGGCAGUCAGGGCAGGAUGCUGAGAGCUCACAACUGGAACUUGGAGCACAAGGCAGAGAGCUCUCUGCAAGGAGAGUUAUGUGUUAACCCCUUUAAGCUCACUCCUAGGACACACUUCUCACAAGACCACACCCUAAACUUCCUCGAAUAG